AUUAGCUUUUUUUUGCUGCUGCAAUACAUUGCUGGCUCAUAUCUAAAUGAUUGCCCAGUAUGACUUAAAGGUCCCUCUGAUUCUUGAUGAACGUAUCUUUUCUUUUAUAUACACUGAGAGCAUAUGCACCUAGACAAAUUCCUUGUGUGUCCAAUCACACUUGGCCAAUAAAAAAUUCUGUUCUGUUCUGUUCUGUUCCUGCUUGAGUCAGGUUCUACCUGUUCUGUAGCAGUACGUUUGGUUUUUCCUGCAUAAGUGUAAAACCUUAUUUUUUUUCAUCCAUCGAAUUUCAUUUUGUUAGGUAGGGCCCAGUGUUCAAAUCUAUCGAGAUUCUCUAUCUUGAGCCUAUCUUCUGAGGUAUUGGCUAUUCCUGCCAACUUGGUGUCAUUUGCAAAUUUGAUGCAUUCCCGUUCGAUUCCCUCAUCUAAGGCAUUUAUGAAGAUAUUAAAGAGUACUAAAACAGGACCUUGGGAUACCCACUGCUUACUUCCCUCCAUAUAGAUAUAGUCCCAUUAAGGAAUACACUUUGAGGGUGGUUUGUCAGCCAGUUAAGAAUCCAUCUGUGUGGAUGGAUGUACCUAUCCCACAUUUUUCUAAUUUACCAAGAAGUAAGUUAUAGUCUACUUUGUCAACUGCGUUACUGAAAUCCAAUUAUACUACGUAUUGCAUUGGUCCACUAAUUUAGUCACUUUGUGUAAGAAUGAAAUAACAUUUGUUUGGAAUGAUCUCUUUUUGACAAACCCAUAUUGACUUCUGGUUAUAUACAGUAUUUGCUUGCUUCUAGGUGUUUGCAGAUCUCUUGUUUCAUUAUCUUUUCCAGGAUCUUCCCAGGUAGUGAUGUCAGGCUAAUUGGCCUGUAGUUUUAUGAUCCUUUUUUGAAGAUGGGAACUACCAUAUUUUUCGGAGUAUAAGAUGCACCUUUUCCCCCCCUAACUACAUCAGCUCUUUUCCAGUCCACCGGUAGUUCCUUGGUGUGUGAAGAUCUUUGAAAUCUAUGGUUCAAUGGUUCUUAGAUCACGUCUGCUGGCUCCUUCAGAACUUUGGGAUGUAAUCAAUGUAGUCCUGGUGGUUAGAACUUGUCCAGAAUGGACAGAUGUUUUCCUAUCAUUUUCUUGCCUGUUUUAAUUUGUAUUCCUAGUCUGCCUUUUACAGUUCUGUUUUUGGUAGGUUUGGCUAUUUUUUCUUUUUGUCUGAAGAUAGAUGCAGAUAAUGAAUUAAGUAGCUCUGCUGUGUCUCUACUGCCCGUCACUUCCUUGCCAUUGUCUCCCAUUAAUGGGCUGAGACUUCAAGUUACUAUGGCACAGUAGAAGCAGACGUGCACCUAGUCCACAAAAUUUGUGGUAAUCCUAGCAGUUGUUCAGUGACCGCACGUCAGCAGUGACUGUGAUUUUGAAAGUGCAGGAAAAGAAAUCACAGCAAUUCGGGUUCUGUCAAUAGUUUCACAUUCAUGAUGGCUGCAGCAUCCCACACUCACGAUCCCAAUUUGUAGCCUUCCCAGAUAGCUUCUGACCAGCAAAAUCAGUGGAUAUACUGGCAGGAAUUUGCAAGUCACGAUCAUAUGAAAUUGCCUUUAACAACCCACAGUAAUUUGCUUAACAACUACAGAGAAACAGAUGUAAGUUGGCACUGUCAUGUGACAUCAUGCUUAAUGAUUAGUGAUGCUCAGUUCCAAUUGUGGUAGGUUAAGUGAAGACUACUUGAAUUGGAAUUUCACCAGAGGGGUUGUAGACAGUAUUUUCUGCUCUUAUUUGCAGCUGAGGACUUCCAUGAGCAAAAGUGGUGCUUCAAAGCUUGCAGAGGCUUUCGGCAUCAUUUCAUCAGCUAAAGCCCCCACAUCUCUAAAUUUAGCUCCAAAGACAAAGAGGAUGGCAAUAAAAUCACUCUAGACAACUGUAAAUAACAAGCAAAGUUGAAAAGGGAAGAAAAUCAAGCCAGAAAUCAAAAUAUGUUCCGUUUCCUUCAGAAAAUCAUACAAUGAUGCUCUUCCUCCAGCAGCUGUUAGACAAAAGAGAGAAAAUCAAAAAAGAAUAAGCAGAUUAUGCAGAACUGAAGGAUACAUUACAUGAAAAGUGAAGAGAGAUUAUUUAUCAUUCAGAAAAAGAGGGAAAUAUCUGGAAGUCCGUGAGGAGGAAACUGUCAAUAGUAAAGUCACGUAGAACAGACAGGAAUACAGGCUUCUCCCUGUGAAGAAGAAAACGGCUUGAAUGAUAGCACCACUAAAGAAGGCAUUGUCCAUAUUUGUUUACCUCCUCAAGAAUACUGGCUGUAGAAAAGCUCCAUAGAUUUGCCUAUUGUGGGAAAAGCACAGAUUGCAAAUGUCCUGAUUAUGGGAAAGUCACAAUUCCUGCCUAGGAUUAAACCAGAAGAUUCACAUAGGAGAGAAAUGCUUUGAAUGUUCUGAUUGUUGGGAAACUUUCAGUUAUAAUUCCAACUUGGUGAUAGACCAGAGGAAUCAUAAAGGAGAAAAACCCGUUCAAUGGCCGGAUUGUGGGAGAAGUUUCAGUCAUAAUUCCUGCCUUACUCCAUGGAGAAACCUUAUGAGUGUCAAGAUUGUGGGAAAGGUUUCAUUAGAAAUUCCAACCUCCUGAGACACAGGAUCAUGCACACAGAAGAGAAACACUUUGAAUGUCCUGACUGUGGGAAAAGCUUUAGUAAUAAUUCCAAUCUGGUGACACACCAGAGGACUCACACAGGAGAGAAACCCUUUGAAUGUCUUGACUGUGGGAAACGUUACAGUCAGAAAUCUCACCUGGUAAUACACCAGAGGACUCACACAGAAGAGAAACACUUUGAAUGUCCUGACUGUGGGAAAAGCUUUAGUAAUAAUUCCAAUCUGCUGACACACCAGAGGAUUCACACAGGAGAGAAACCCUUUGAAUGUCUUGACUGUGGGAAACGUUACAAUCAGAAAUCUCACCUGGUAAUACACCAGAGGACUCACACAGGAGAGAAACCCUUUGAAUGUCCUAUCUGUGGGAAAAGCUUUAGUAAUAAUUCCAAUCUGGUGACACACCAGAGGACUCACACAGGAGAGAAACCCUUUGAAUGUCCUGACUGUGGGAAACGUUACAGUCAAAAUUCCCACCUGGUAGCACACCAGAGAACUCACACAGGAGAGAAACCCUUUGAAUGUCCUAUCUGUGGGAAAAGCUUUAGUAAUAAUUCCAAUCUGGUGACACACCAGAGGACUCACACAGGAGAGAAACCCUUUGAAUGUCCUAUCUGUGGGAAACGUUACAGUCAGAAUAUCCAAAUGCUAUUACACCAGUGGACUCACACAGAAGAGAAACCUUUUGAAUGCCCUCUCUGUGGGAAAAGCUAUUGUGAUAAUUACAAACUUCUGAGACACCAGAGGACUCACACAGGAGAGAAACCCUUUGAAUGUCCUGACUGUGGGAAACGUUACAGUCAAAAUUCCCACCUGGUAGCCCACCAGAGAACUCACACAGGAGAGAAACCCUUUGAAUGUCCUAUCUGUGGGAAAAGCUUUAGUAAUAAUUCCAAUCUGGUGACACACCAGAGGACUCACACAGGAGAGAAACCCUUUGAAUGUCCUAUCUGUGGGAAACGUUACAGUCAGAAUAUCCAGAUGCUAUUACACCAGUGGACUCACACAGAAGAGAAACCUUUUGAAUGCCCUCUCUGUGGGAAAAGCUAUUGUGAUAAUUACAAUCUUCUGAGACACCAGAGGAGUCACACAGGAGAGAAACCCUAUGAAUGUCCUGAUUGUGGGAGAUGUUUCAGUCUCAAUUACACGUUGGUGAUACACCAGAAGACUCACACAGAAGAUAAAGCCUUUGUAUGUCCUAUCUGUAGGAAACGUUUUUGUUAUAAUUCCAGUCUUGUGAGACACCAGAGGACUCACACCAUGAAGAAAUCUUUGAAAUGACUAGUCUCUAGACAUUACUUCAAGCAUAAAUCAUCCCUUAUUGCACACAAGGUAAUCUAUAUGAGAAAUAGUAGAUGAGUUUAGAGAAUGCUGGAAUUUCAUUUGUGAUCUCCCAUUGAAAGUUUAGAUGAGAAAUUGAUUGUUUGAAUUUUGGCCUGAUUCAUUUUGCUCAAACAUUUUUCAGGAUUAAAUACGUAAGUGGAGAGAAAAGGAAAAUGGAAAAUGGUUAACUAGUUUCUGGUUAUUAGCAGAAGCUUCUGGAUAUUUCCUUUUCCAGAAGUAGUUGAAUUCCUCAAAAAGGAUUUUUGGGUGGAGCUUUUGUAUUUUGAUUCUGGAAUUCCCACAUGUGUAGUUUCAAUCUUCUACCUUGGUUUCCACCCAGAUUCUGAGCCCCAGAAUUCCGCAGUCGGCAUAAAAGUAGUCCUCAAGAUAUGACUAUUAUGGACCUUGAAUUAUGGGUGCAUGUUGCAAUGGCUGUUAAGCGAAAUUGCUUUCCUUAACUACCCAAAUCCCUCUGCUCUCCCUGAGGCAGCCAUUAAUCAAAUAUGUGAGUCGCUAUGGUGAACACUGUCUACUCAGAGCUGGGGAAAACUCUUGGAGAUCUAGUGCAUGGCCAGGCUUGCGUGCCAUAGGCAUCUCUAGGCCCCCUCUCCCUCCAAGACAUCCUUGUACUCUGUAUCCUAACCCUUGUGUCCCUGGGCCCUUCACUCCCUCCCAGCGUCCCCUUACACCUGACUCCCACCCCACCCAACCUCACACCCUCCUCCUUCUUACCUUUUGAAUAUCUCUGAACCUCAUGGUGGGGACAGAGGGAAGGACAUGCAUCCUUGGGCCUCAUGAUUUUGUCCUGGAAGUAGCCACCAUUUUCAGUGGACCCUGGAUUCAUCCCUGCUGUGAACUGUGGUAAUGGUGCAACAUGCCACACUACAUCCUGCCCCAAACGGCAGCUUGCAUGGGCUGCACGACAAGCUAUGUAGUAUAUUGCCACUCGCGGCCGCAGAAGACGUCAGAUGGCUGUGCAACAAGUGUCGGGGUGUGCUUGCCCUAGCUGCGAUGGUCCUAAAGUAAUCGGCUAAGAAAUCCUCCAAAACUAAGAAGUGGUGCUCAUUUUGAGCCCCAAAAGAAAAUAAAACUAGGUCUUAUUUUCAGGGAGACGGGUAUGUAUAUGCAAUUCUAUGAACUCACGAUUGACCCAAGUCAACAAAUAAAUUUCAUAACUGAAUGGCUGUCAGGUUCCGAAAUAAAAGACUGCAAAUCUUGA